AUGGCUUUGUUUUGGGCAUCGGAUGCACUUCCAGGGUGCCAUGGGUGUCGUCAGACCAUCAGGAGGGCCUCUUUGAGCACUGAGAAAGGCUCUGCGAGGUUUGGCUUAGAGUUGUUGAGUCCAGACCCGCCUGCGGCUCCGGCACCGUUUUGCCAGCCUCAAUCAGCAGGCUGUUGGCACGGAGCAAUGGUGGGCAAGGAGGUCGCGAUGAUCUUCCCCAUGUUUGAGGGGGUGAUGUUUAUCUCAGCGUAUAUGCCACACAUGAUUGCGGUCCUCAUCGUUCUUGCGACAAUUGUCCGAAAACCCUUCAGGAUUUGUGUGGUGGUGCUGCCGAUUUUGACGUUUGGCUUGCUCUGUGCCCUCGCAAUCCAAGAAUCUCGCUGGCAUGCAGAGGCUGAGGGUUAUGACAUGACUCAGCCAUCACUCCGAGAAGCCUUGGAGGAUUACAUAGCAAGUGGCAAAGGCAGCCUAGAAGAAAUCUUGGAGGGCAAAAAGUACCCUCCCGUCUUUGGCAAGAUUGAGUUGAUGCGAUAUCUCAACACCUGGUUGGGCAAAAGUGUGUUCCACGACACCGACCAGGAUGCCGACUAUUUGCCAGAGGCCUACAACAAGGGCGAUGACUGGUUCGAGGCUACUCUGGCAGAUCCCAUGGUGUAUACUGGAGCUCUUUAUGCAGGCUCCAAUGAAACAGUCUGGUCUGCGCAGCAGAAGAAGUUGGAAUUCAUCGCCUACUCUCUUGAUGUGAAGAAAGGUGACAAGGCCUUGGAGAUUGGCUGCGGUUGGGGACGCCUCUCCAACUACCUUGCCAGCAAGGGAGCAAAGGUCACAGGCGUCACGAUGUCCACAGAUCAACAAGCUUAUGCCAAACGAAUGAGCCAGCAACUUGGCAAUAGCGAAAAUGUGGACAUUGUCCUGAAGAAUUUUUUUGAUUUGGACUUGCCGGACAAGAGCUUCAACGUAAUCUCCUCAGUGGAAAUGGCUGAGCACGUCGGCAUUCGGAACUACAACAAAUUUCUGCGGAAGGUGCACCGGCUCCUGGCUGAUGAUGGUACAUUUUACCUGCAGGUUGCGGGCCUGCCACGAGGCUAUGCUUCAGGCUACAACCACUACGAGGAUCUCGUAUGGGGGCUCUUCAUGGACGAACACGUCUUUCCGGGCGCAGACGCCUCCUGCCCCAUGGGCUGGGUGGUGACGCACCUGGAGCAGGCUGGAUUCGAGGUGCAGAGCGUCCACAACAUGGGAUAUCACUACUCCCAGACCCUAGCCCAUUGGCUGAAAAAUUGGGAGGCCAGCAAGGACACAAUCGUAAAGGCCUAUGGCGAACGCUCUUGGAGACGCUGGCGCGUCUUUUUGGCUUGGUCUGUGCGCAUCUCCAGAAGGGGUGGCAGCACUGUGCAGUGGAUCACAGCCACCAAGAGUGGCCAGGAGUCUGCGCGCAUUGCGGCGCAAAACCGCCUGGCGCCAGGGAUCUUUCAACUGCCUGAGCCGAAGCCUCUUCCAACCCAAUGAGUUGGUCAAAUACCUCUGACUUGGACCAAAGCGACACCCAAGCUGGUGGUUGGAGCUGGGCGCAAACCCACCAGAAAUUCAUGAGGA